AUGAAUAAUACCCCGGCGUAUGUAGGGCCCUUCUUUUUGCUUAGCAAUGUCUAUGCAAGCAGUCUCCUUGCUUCACUCGAUCGUCGGGAAAGGAUGCGAGCAGACAUUCACUCAUCUCGAGGAGUCAUUAGUAUCCCUCUUGAUUAUGUUACAGACCAAACUCCCUCCACGCUGGCUGCCUCUCGCUAUACCAAAACCUUCAAGGAAAGCGAUGUUACACCCUCGAUUCAUCAAUCACAGUCUCUCCGUGUGUCAGAGACGGCGGAUUACGACCUGGAAGCGGAAUUUGGUCAGGACCGUUCGAAGAAUCUCAAGCUUCCUAACUGA